UUUGACAACCUGCUCUAUGUUUGUUGAACACAAAUUUGUCCUUUUAAAUGUACAUACCCCUGCAAUUAUUAGUUAUUAGAUAUUCAACUAAGUGAAGUCGUCACCUUUAUUUGCAUAGUGCUUUUUACAGUACAGAUGCAGCUUCACAGUAAUAGACAGAUCAUUAAAAUGCAUAGUCAAAUGUAUGUUGUUUUCCAUUUUAAACUGAAUUGUGAAAGAGUGCAGGUUUUUUAGGUGUUUGUUAGAUUAAACAAAGACAAGCUACAUACGCUUACCUGGAAGAAGAUAAGAUGCUUUCUCGAAUCCAAGCAGUACUUUAAUUCUUGUCUGCUUAGUGUCUACCAAACUUUUUCUUGACGUCCAAAAACCCUGCUGAAACCAAAUACAAACGGUAAACGUGCAGGAGCAAGACGUGUAACCGAGAAGAUGUUUUCACAAUGACAGGACGAUGCAAUCAGUGUCAGACCAGGUGAACACGCUAUCUCGGUCAGAUUACUAUCCUGUUAUCUCUAUGCUGAGACGAGGCUAUUAACACUGAAACCCAAAAGCUAGACUUAUAUUUGAUGAAAACAAAAGAGGAUUUCCAUUGUUCUCGUUUUUAAGUGUGUUAUUCUUACUGUAUUUUUGCUCAUAUCGUGGAAGAUUUGAAGAUCACUGAUGGCGUCAAAAUCUAGGGUCUCCAUUCUGGAUUACUUCAAUAUCGUCUGUGAGGGAGAAAAUGGCAAAAUUGAAUCAAACUGCAAAGCUUGUGGCACAAGGAUCCAGGCUAAAAGGACAGUUACGUCUAACUUUGUUACACAUUUGAAGCGCAAACAUCAGGCUAUGUAUGAUGAGUUUGUGAGGAAGAAAGAUGUGAAAAGAGAAGCAAUGCAGACAUGUACUGGUCCUCCAACUGGUCGGGUGAUCACUCAAAGCGGUGCUGGGAUGAACAAAUUUGACUACAGUGACCCUCGCCAAUCCCUAAUCUCUGAAGCCAUCGCCAAGAUGAUCAUCCGAGACCUGCAGCCGGCACAGAUAGUGGAAUACGAGGGCUUCCGUGAGCUUCUUCAGCUCCUGGAGCCCCGUUACAUCCCGGUACCAUGCCAUUAUAUACAACAGCAGCUCCUUCCAGCAUACGUCUCCCAAGUGCAACUAGCUGCUAAGCAGGCUCUAAAAGGAGCCGAGUCCUGCAGUGUGACCCUUGACCUGUGGAGAAGCAGCGCUGUGGGUGCUGGGUUUCUCGGAGUGACUUGCCAUUUCAUAAACGCAGACUGGCACAUCAGAUCGGCUCUUUUGGCAUGCUUACCUCUUGCAGAUCACAGCAACACUCAGCAAAUGCUAAGUGAGUUUGAUGAGAUCUCUGAAUCCCAUGGAAUGUCUGGUAAAGUGUUUAGAGUCGUCGCAGACUUGUCGACCUGUGAAAAUACAUGUGCUUUUCGUCUUCCUGGGUUCAGUCUCAUUGGAAAUGCUGAAGAGGAUGAGGAAGAUGGUAGCGAUGAAGACUCUAGUGCAGGAGAAGCCAAAGAAGCUAAUAGUAGCAACGAAAACCACAAAUCUUUAGAUCAGUGUCUUGGUCGAAGUAGAAUAGACUGCUUUGCUCGAUUACUAGCUCAGUGUGUGAAGGAAGGCGUCUGUGCUUCCCCUCAAAUAUCAGCUCCUCUAAACAAAGCAGCCCGCCUGUACAACUACAUAAUUUCUACAGUGGCUCCUGAAAAACUUGUCCAAGUGUUCGGCUCCAGCACCUCGACAAAUUGGCAAAGACCCUCAUGUACACAAAAGUGGAACGCUCAGUUAAAAAUACUGCGGCAAAUGGUGGAAUCAAUGGAUUUUCUUGAAGACAUUGUGGAUAGAAAUGACCUAGUCCUUGGGAACCUAGAAAAAGCAGAGCUGCGGGAGCUGGUUGAGGUGUUGGAGCCUUUCGAGGAGGCCUCAGAUAUGGUCCAAGGAGACAAGCACGUGUCCAUCAGUCUAGCCCUGCCCUGUGUGCUAGGUCUGCGCAAGCAUCUGGCUGAGGUCGUAACUCACCAGUGUUCUGGGAUCGUGAUGGGACUGUCUCAAGCUCUGGACCGCAGACUGGCAGGCAUUCUUGAGGACCCUCUUUAUGUAACAGCCACCACGCUGGACCCACAGUUCAAGCUCUCCUGGAGCAGUGACAGCGACUGGCACAAACAGGUCCUGCUGGAAGAGGUUGGAAAGCAUACUCGGCCUUUGAGUCCGCUAGAACAUCACUCAGAGGCCCAGCCAUCACCAUCCAAGCGCUGCAAGCUGUUCUCUUUCAUUAAGCAGAGGCCGACAGCCCAGGCCAAGACUGUGGAGCAGGAGCUGUCCACAUAUCUGCAUGAAGAACCAACAGAUGAGGAUCCACUACAAUACUGGAAACGCAAGUCUAUCGAUUUCCCCCUGCUCUCACAAGUAGCCAAAAAAGUUUUUACCGUGCCAGCAACAACCACAUCAGUGGACCAGAUAUUUAAUUUGGUUAGCAAGACGCUCACACCAGAGCAAUGCCGACUUCUGCCAAAAAACUUGGACACUCUGAUUUACUUGAAGGCUAACUAUAGGAUACUUUGGUCCUAAAUGCAAAGAGAGCUUUUCUCUGUACUGAUAUAAAACCAAACACCUCAGAUGCAAAAUGGGGAUUGUGCCUGAUAUCUAUCUAUCUAUAAAACUGUACAUUUACCCCAAAGUAAACAAAAUACUGUUGUCAGCAAAAAUUCCUUUUUUAGUUAUGUACAGAAGGCUAGACCUAAAUUAGAUUAGUUAUUUUAUAAUAACUUUCAUCUGUCUAUUUGAAAAUAUAAUGCAAUUUAAGAAAAAAGGAAAUGAAAGUUAUUAUAAAGUGUUAACUUAUUACCUAUUAUGACUCAUCCAACCUGAUCUCAUGGUGAAAAUGAACCUGUGGGGACCUUUUCGAUAGAUGCGAAAUACGUACCAAUAACUACACAUCAUUGCAGUUUCCAACAGAAAUAAACACUAGAGGUGGUAAAACUGUGUUUUCAUACACAGUUAUGAUUACAGCCAUAUGUUUCACUUUUUUGGAUGUAAUAAGCUAGAUCAGUGUUCACAUCAAACAUGAAGCGAAUAUGCGCAUCGUGUCACACACUCACGCAUGGUGGAGAUAACUACGAUCGCUGCUUUGUACCUGUUGUGGGAGUCCCAAAUCCACCAGAAAGCCAAGCGCCAAUGUGUCUGGGUUCACAGCACCAUCCAGAGGCGGAUGAGGAUUAAUCCUGAAUUAAUGUGUGUUACAUUUUACUACUGUAACGUUAUAUACACUGAUAUAAUUUUUUUACUGAUAGCAUCUCUGGAGCCAUGCUAAUACAAUACAACUAACACUACAACUGAUUUUAGUUGUUUUCUAUGCUCUAGAUACCUAUAUGAUACAUUUGGGCAACAAUAAUGCUGUCUUCCAUUUUCUGAUACAACUAGACAUGUCAAUAAGCUCUUCGCAUUACACGAAUUUUGAUUGAGGCGAACAUCACGUUCACGGCAAACGUGUUGCACAUUUCGUGUCAUUCGCAUUGCAUUUGCGUCUUUGCAUUUACUUUGUAUGUAAUCUACUUGCGCAAAUAAUACAAUUCGAGUUUAGUGUGAACACACCAUUAGGAUACGGAAUCCUUGGUAUAAAUCCUGUGAAAAAAAUAACUCACGAUAAAAGAGCUGAAAGGUGAGAGAUUGAAAAACAAGCUAAAACGGCAUGCUUGUGAUUGUGUUUUUAUGUCACAUUUGCUUUUGUUCAUACUGUGGGGUAGGUUUUGGUGUACUGCGGAUGGUAUGUUAUUUUAAAAACGUCAUGGAGCAUUAGAGUUAUAGCGCCACUAAAUGGAUAUUUCAAACGGACAUUUAACAUCGAAUGUGUCACGAAAUGUACAUGGCGCUACGUAUUUCGCAUCUUGUGGAAAAGUUCCCACAGCUAUAUUUUUGUCAUGAGAUCAGGUUGUCUUUAUCAGAUCCUAGUUGCCUUUAUUGCAGACGUUUCUCAGACAUUAUGUUCUGUCUACUCACUUUCAUCACCCAAAAACCCAACAGCAUCAUAAAAGUGCAGUGCACACUGUACUUAUUCUUGAUUAAUUGUUCAAUAUUUACUUAAUAAUUGUCCUUCACUAUCAGCAUGAUGUAGAUCCCCAGAAAAUACACUAUUCUUGCAGCCAAAUGCUUUCUCAGAACACAUUUAUGAAAAAUACUAGUACAUUUCUGGCUAAAUUAAACAUUACGUUAUCAAACAUUUGGUGUAUAAUAGUUAGCUUUAUAUUAAUCUUAGGAAAAAGUGGUUUAAUAGAGUUACAGUGUGGCUGACAGGUUUUUUGUGUGGGUUCUUUGUGUACAAAACCCACCCGGUAGAAAGCUGCAGGCAGGUUUUGUAAUUGAAAAUAAUUACAUUUCAGGCCUAUGGGGAAUUGGAGAACGCUGAUGGUGGACUGCAGUCUCUCCUAGCUUGCAGGGCUGAACGGAGAGCAACCAAGCCUGUGGGAUAUUAAGAAGAGUUGUUGUGCAUUAAGGACCUUUUGUUGUGAAAAAGACUUUUCCAUUUCAGUAAAAAGUGUUUGUUAUGAAACCUGACUUUUUGUCCUGUCGUAACUGCAUACAGGAAUAUGCCAAAGGUCAAGCAUUUUCACUGUCUUUCUAGCAGAAUCACUGAUGUCUGUGUGCAUUUACAGUUAUAACUACAGCGCAGGUUGCGCAUCUCAACAGUCAUGUUUAUGCGUGCUUGUAAUUCUGAUCAUUUGGAGAAGAAAUAGCAAAAGGACAUUCAAUCAAUAAACUCAAUUUCAAACAGAUUUAUGUGUAAG